AUGCAUUUUUCUUUGCGGCUCGCGCGUUUUCUCCUCAUCUCCGCGGUUUUUUGUGUCGGUCUCUGUUCCGAAGAUGAGGAGAGGUUGGUGCGAGAUCUAUUUAGAGGGUAUAACAAACUUAUCAGGCCCGUGCAGAACAUGACGGAGAAGGUGCACGUGAAUUUUGGCCUUGCUUUCGUGCAACUGAUCAACGUGAAUGAGAAGAACCAAAUCAUGAAGUCAAACGUAUGGUUGAGAUUCAUAUGGACGGAUUAUCAAUUACAAUGGGAUGAAGCAGAUUAUGGUGGUAUUGGAGUGCUUAGGCUACCCCCUGACAAGGUCUGGAAGCCGGAUAUUGUAUUGUUUAACAAUGCUGACGGCAACUACGAGGUACGCUACAAAAGCAACGUUCUGAUCUAUCCAACCGGCGACGUUCUCUGGGUACCUCCGGCGAUCUACCAGAGUUCCUGUACGAUCGACGUCACGUAUUUCCCGUUCGAUCAGCAAACCUGCAUCAUGAAAUUUGGCUCGUGGACGUUCAACGGUGACCAGGUCUCUCUAGCCUUGUACAACAAUAAGAACUUUGUAGAUCUCUCUGACUACUGGAAAAGUGGUACCUGGGACAUUAUCAGUGUUCCAGCUUAUCUGAACACCUACAAGGGUGACUUCCCGACCGAAACAGACAUCACUUUCUACAUAAUCAUCAGACGCAAGACUCUAUUCUACACAGUGAACUUGAUCCUUCCCACUGUUUUGAUCUCUUUCCUCUGCGUGUUGGUCUUCUAUCUUCCAGCCGAAGCUGGCGAGAAAGUGACGCUUGGGAUCAGUAUUCUGCUGUCGUUGGUCGUGUUCCUGUUGCUAGUCAGCAAGAUCCUGCCGCCCACGUCCUUGGUACUGCCGUUGAUCGCCAAAUAUCUCCUGUUCACCUUCAUCAUGAACACAGUCAGCAUCCUGGUGACUGUGAUCAUCAUCAAUUGGAACUUCCGUGGACCGAGAACGCACAGAAUGCCGCAGCUGAUCAGGAAGAUAUUCCUCAAGUAUCUGCCGACGAUUUUACUCAUGAGGAGACCUAAGAAGACCAGACUGAGAUGGAUGAUGGAGAUACCGAACGUGACGUUGCCAACUUCCACAUAUUCGGGAAGCCCCACGGAAUUGCCUAAACACUUGCCAGCUUCGUUGACUAAAUCCAAGAUGGAGGUGAUGGAGUUGUCCGAUCUUCAUCAUCCCAACUGCAAGAUCAACAGGAAGGUUCAUCAUACUACCAGUGGUUCCAGCGCGGCUGGCGGAGAGGGUUUGAACGAUAGAAGAGGAUCCGAAAGUUCGGACUCUGUGUUGCUCAGUCCGGAGGCCAGCAAGGCCACCGAAGCGGUUGAAUUUAUUGCUGAACACUUGAGAAACGAAGAUUUGUACAUACAGACAAGAGAGGACUGGAAGUAUGUAGCGAUGGUGAUCGAUCGGCUGCAGCUUUACAUUUUCUUCGUGGUGACAACCGCAGGUACCAUCGGGAUCUUAAUGGACGCGCCUCAUAUUUUCGAGUACGUGGACCAGGAUCGUAUCAUAGAAAUCUAUCGUGGAAAGUAA